ACAAAACAUCAUUGCCGUGCAGGUUUUAGCACAACUUGAAGGGUUAUUUAGACAAACCGGGGCCUGUCCAUUAUGGCUCAGUUUGGGGGACAGAAGAAUCCGCCGUGGGCUGCUCAGUUUGCAGGCUCGGCAGUCUCCCAGCAGGGUCAGUCUCUUGACAUGAACAGCCUGCACUCAUUAGGGGUUCAGCCGCCCUCUCUGCUUGGAGCCUCCCCAGCAAUGUACUCCCAGCAGUCUGCCAUGGCAGCAGCCAGCCUCAACUCCCAGUCUGCUGCAGCAAACUACCAGCUGUCCCAACAAACAGCUGCCCUGCAGCAGCAAGCUGCCGCUGCAGCUGCCGCAGCCCUGCAACAGUAUCAGCAACAACAGCAGCAGCAACAGCAGCCGCCGCCACAGCAGACCAUGUACAGCGUCCAACAGCAGUUACAGCCGCCCCAUCAAGCCUUGCUUUCUCAGCCAUCUGUCGCCUUGCCUACCAGCCUUAGCCUCACUAACCCCCAGCAAACAGCACAGAUCACUGUCUCCUACCCAGCACCGAGGUCAAGCCAGCAGCAAACCCAGCCACAGAAACAGCGAGUGUUUACUGGGGUAGUUACCAAGCUGCACGACACAUUUGGAUUUGUAGAUGAAGAUGUCUUCUUCCAGAUAAGUGCCGUUAAAGGCAAGACACCACAAGUAGGAGACCGGGUGCUGGUAGAAGCUGCAUAUAACCCAAAUAUGCCGUUCAAAUGGAAUGCACAGAGGAUACAGACCCUGCCUCAUAUGUCUCCACAAAUGAACCAGCCACAAGGUCCACCUCUGCUUAAGGCCAACCCUGCUAUGAUGCAGUCCCUUCCUCCACCGCCUUCCUUCAGCCUCCAGGCCCAGGCUCCGCCCCCCUGUCUAUUACAGGCUCAGUUAUCGGCUGCCUCCCUGGCCCCUCUGCUGCAGAACCCACCACAGCCUCUUCUGCCCCAGCCACCUCAGAAAGGUAAGGAUCUCUUCACUUGAUCCUUACACAAUAUUG